AUGAAAAAGAAAUCUGAUGAAAAGGGAGAAAAAAUUAGCUCUGAGAGACGUCGGCUCGUCGAGGAAUUGCACACUGACGGCGAGAAGAAAUUUUCCGCGAAGGCGCAUCAUAGUCCGGGGCGUCAGUGGUCGAGCGGUUCAAUCGCACGAUAUGUGGAAGAUGUUUACACUCAACAGCAAUUACAAGUGAGUCAAGAUGAGCUGCCACAUCUUGUGUUAAAUUACAACGCGCGUAAGCAUCGCACCAUCGGCAUGCGCCCCGCCGACGUAACUUUCGCGAUCGCCGAGAGACUCUUGGGCACAGUGUACAGCGUGAUGAAGAUCGCGGGUCCUGCAAAAUUUAAAGUAGGCAAUUCGGUACUCGUGAGCAAGUACAAGACGAUUUUUGAGAAAGGUUACACACCAAAUUGGACCACCGAGAUAUUUACGAUCGUUAAGGUGUAG